AAAAUGGUUCAAAAGUUUUGUUAGCCUUCUCUUACCUAUGCUUGUAGCAUAAAGUUAUUUUAAUUUCUAAAUUUUCUAUUACAUUUCUUGGAAGUCUGGUUGCUCUACUUACAUUCACGAAAAGAACAAUUGCCAUUCAUUCUCUUAUUGAUUUAAUAACUUUAAAUUCAACCUAAGCCAUAGUAACGAUUUCCUUUCUGUUUCAUUUCAAUUCUACCCACGUCUGCAGCUGCUGCGUUGAAUAUAGGAAGGAUUUCUUCUCGUGUUGGGGUAAGUGAUGGCAGAUCCUCGUAUUAAAACGUUGAAAAUCAAGACUGGUGUGGUGAAAAGAUUGACCAAGGAGAAACUUAUGUAUAUCAAAGAAACGGAACAACAACGUGAAAAAGUCGAAAAACUUAAAACAUCUGGAAUUGAUGAAAGUACCAUAAAAAAGCAAGAAGAAGUGCUUAGGGAAUCACAGAUGAUGAUACCAGAUACCCAACGAAGGCUCAAAGCAGCAUAUGAAGAUUUAAAAAGUAUUAUAGCAGAUUGUGAAGAGCUCAAUAAAGAAGAAGAUUUUUUGAAUGCUAUAAAGUUCUUAGCAGAUGCUGAAAAAGAAAUUUAAUAAUUUUUAUCAGCAAU